AUGCCUGCCCUCGGCCCUAAUGAAGCCCUGGGGAACUCCGCGGCUGCAGCCGUGGCCUGUGACUCAUCCUUCACUGGGCCCCAGCCAGGGGCCCACCUCCCAGGGCCUGCUGUCUGCAGCCGGGGCCACCGGCACAGCUGGCACACCCUCAUUACCGGCUGCAUGGAGAAGCAACAAAGGAGCUGUAUUCUCCGUGUCUCUGAUCCAGCCGCCAUACUUGACGACCCAAUGGAGUGCAGCCGGGGAGAGAGAUUGGCCAUCACUCUGGCGAAGGACAGCAUCAACCGGUCCAGUAACCGUUCCACAACAGGCAAGCUGGAGGUGGACAUCUUUGAGCUGCUGAGAGACAGUGAAUAUGAGAUGGGAGAGACCAUGUGCCAGAUCCUGUCCAAAGGAGUGGUGGGAGUCCUGGGUCCCUCCGCCAGCCCUGCUUCCAAUUCCAUCAUCAGCAAUAUCUGUGGAGAGAAAGAGGUGCCCUAUGUGAAAGUGGCCCCUGAGGACAUUCUGAAGGUUCAGUUCCCCCGCUUCACCACCCUGGACCUGCGCCCCACCAACACAGACAUCAGCCUGGCCGUGGCUGGCCUGCUCACCUUUUUCAACAGCACCACAGCCUGCCUCAUCUGUGCCCAGGCCGACUGCUUAUUAAAUCUGGAGAGACUGCUACGCCAGUUCCUCAUCUCCAAGGAGACACUAUCGGUUCGCAUGCUGGAUGACAGCCAGGAUCCCACACCCCUUCUCAAGGAGAUCCGCGAUGAUAAGACUGCCACAAUCAUUGUGGAUGCUAACGCAACAAUGUCCCACAUAAUUUUGGAAAGGGCAUCGGAGCUGGGCAUGCUGUCCGUCUACUACACCUACAUCUUCACCUCGCUGGAAUUCUCUCUGCUGCGAUUGGACGACGUGCCCAGUGAGCGGGUGAACAUUCUGGGCUUUUCCGUCUUCAACAGAACACAUCCAUUUUUCCAGGAUUUCCUCACCAGCCUCAACCGUUCCUGGCAGGAAAACUGUGACCACGCCCCCUUCGCCGGCACACCGCUCUCGUCGGCGCUGCUGUUUGACGCAGUGCACGCGGUGGUUGCGGCGGUCCAGGAGCUCAACCGUAGCCAGAACGUGGGCGCCACGCAGCUCUCCUGCAAGUCCUCCAAGAUCUGGGAGCAUGGCACCAGCCUCAUGAACUACCUGAGGAUGGUAGAAUUGGAAGGACUAACGGGCCACAUUGAAUUCAACAGCAAAGGCCAGCGGUCUAACUACGCCCUACGGAUCAUGCAGAACAGUAGAGACGGCCUAAGGCAGAUUGGCCAGUGGCACUCAGAGCAGGGCCUGUCCAUGGAGAGGAAGCUUCCAUCAAUCAACGUGACCGACACUCUCUUCAACACCACCCUCACUAUCACCACUAUUCUGGAGAACCCUUACGUGAUGCUACGACCGAACCACCAGGAGAUGGAAGGGAACGAGCGCUACGAGGGCUUCUGUGUGGACAUGCUGAAGGAGCUGGCGGACAUCUUGAAGUUCAAGUACUGUAUCAAUCUGGUGGGGGACGGGGUGUACGGGGUAUCGGGGACCAACGGUACCUGGACGGGCAUGGUGGGAGAGCUCAUCUCAAGGAAAGCGGACCUUGCCGUAGCGGGGCUCACCAUCACCGCAGAGAGGGAGAAGGUUAUCGAUUUCUCCAAGCCUUUUAUGACUCUGGGAAUCAGCAUCAUGUACCGUGUGCACUUGGGGCGCAGACCUGGCUACUUCUCCUUCCUAGACCCUUUCUCUCCCGGGGUGUGGCUCUUCAUGCUGCUAGCCUACCUGGCAGUCAGCUGUGUGCUCUUUCUGGUAGCCAGACUCACCCCCUACGAGUGGUACAAUCCCCACCCCUGCCUGAAGGGGCGCUGUAACCUCCUCAUCAACCAAUACUCGCUGGGCAACAGUUUCUGGUUCCCCGUGGGGGGGUUCAUGCAGCAGGGGUCCACCAUCGCCCCCCGCGCCCUCUCCACGCGCUGCGUCAGUGGAGUAUGGUGGGCGUUCACCCUGAUCAUCAUCUCGUCCUACACGGCCAACCUGGCUGCCUUCCUCACUGUCCAGAGGAUGGAGGUGCCCAUUGAGUCAGUGGACGACCUGGCUGACCAGACGGCCAUCGAGUACGGCACCAUGCACGGGGGCUCCACCAUGACCUUCUUCCAGAACUCGCGCUACCAGACGUACCAGCGCAUGUGGAACUUCAUGCACUCCAAGCAGCCCAGUGUGUUUGUGAAGAGCACGGAGGAGGGCAUCGCCCGCGUGGUCAACUCCAACUACGCCUACCUGCUAGAGAGCACCAUGAACGAGUACUACCGGCAGCGCAACUGUAACCUCACCCAGAUAGGAGGUCUGCUGGACACCAAGGGCUACGGCAUCGGUAUGCCAGUGGGGUCAGUGUACCGGGAUGAGUUUGACCUUGCCAUCCUCAAGCUGCAAGAAGACAACCGUCUAGAGAUCUUGAAGAGGAAAUGGUGGGAUGGUGGCAAGUGUCCAAAGGAGGAGGAUCACCGUGCCAAAGGACUAGGCAUGGAAAACAUAGGCGGUAUCUUCGUGGUGCUGGUGUGCGGUCUCCUGGUGGCUAUCUUUAUGGCGGUGCUGGAGUUUAUGUGGUUUCUGCGGCAGACGCCCGGAACAGAGCUGUCGGUGUGUGAGGAGAUGCUACGGGAGCUCCAGGGGAUCGUCCUGUGCCGGGACAGCCUACAGCUGAGGCGUCGGCGGGGGACGACCAUGCUCCGUCCUCGCCCCCUACCCCUGGAGGAGCGCCGAGCGCGGGCUGCUGCUGUCAGCCUGAGCAAUGGCAAGCUGUGUGGCGCUGCCGCCGGCCUGCCCCUCUCUGAGCCCUUCUCCCACAGACUGGCGCAGGAGGCAGCUCUGGUGGCUCGGGGCUGCAGCCACAUCCGCAUCUGCCCCGAGUGCCGGCGCUUCCAGGGGCUGCGCGGCGUGCGUCCCGGGGGCGGCCCCAGCCACGGAGCCUCGCCCACUCACAGCGAGGAGAGCAUAGAGUGGGAGAAAACGACCAACAGUAGCGAACCCGAAUAA